AUGCAUCAGACGCUCGCGCGACGCCUCGCGCGCGCGAAGAUGCGCCGACGGGCGGUGACGACGGCGACGCGGGCGCGCGACGCGGUGCUCGACGCGCGGGCGCGCGCGAGCGGCCGGACGCGCGCGGGGACGGGGCGCGGGGAGAAUUCGUGGCGAGCGGUCGCGUCGUCGUCGCGAGCGUCGUCGUCGCCGCCGAAGCGCGAUGGGAAAGCCCCGGAGGGUGGCACGGAUAACCCGCUGUCGUCGGUGAUGUUCCCGUGGGAGCGCGCGGUGCUGGAUUCGAAGCGGUGGACGGGAGAGAUGAAGACGUGGCAAAAGGCGUACUGGGCGGCGUUCGCGCUCGGCGUGGCGUUCGUCGUCGGUUCGAGGGCGAAGCGGUACUACGACGAGGGAGAGACGAACGAGGAACGGAAACGGAAGAUGGAGAGCGAUCGCAGGGCGGUGAGCGCGGCGUUGGAGGGGAGGAGUUUUAUAUCGGCGGACGACGGGGACGAGGACGAGGACCCGUUCGAGGGACUGAGUCCGGAGGAGAUCGAGGCGUUGGUGCGAAAGACGGCACCGAGUGGGGACGCGUACGAUGGGAUGAGUCCGGAAGAGAUUGAAGCGUACGAGCGGGAGUACGACGAGAGGAGACGAGCGAACUCGGGAUCCGGGAACCUCACUUGGAAGACGACUUCGGCGGGUCGAUUGUAA